AUGCCCAACAGCCUCGCCAGCGCGACCGCUGCCGGGUGGGUGGCGGGCACGCUUGAGAUCUCCGUCACCUUUCCAUUCGAAUACAUCAAGACGCAGAUGCAGCUCCAGCAGGAGGCUUCGGCGCUGUUCGCCGGCAAGGACCGAUUUCGCAGCCCAUUCCAUUGCGCAGCGGCCACUGUUCGCGAGCGUGGCGUUCUUGGCCUGUAUCGCGGCGGCUUGUCGUGGGCGAUCUUUGGCGGCCCGCGCUCCGCGCGGCUUGGCACGCCGACCGCCGACACCAUCAACGGGUUCGCGGCGGGGAUGGCCGAGGCGGCCUUGUGUCAGACGCCCAACCAAGUGAUCGCCAUCAAGAUGAUCCACGACCAGUCGCCGCGCGGGCCGCGUCAAUACGAGGGGUUGGUGCACUGCGUGGCCUGCAUCUGGCGCGCCGAAGGUGUCGCCGGAUAUUUCCAGGGCGUGGGGCCGGCGGUCACCAAGGGGGCUGCCACCAACGCGAUCCGCUUCCUCGGCUUUGGCCAGCUCAAGCGGCUGGCGCAGGGGCCGGCCGGCGCGGAUGGCACGCCUCCGCCCCCGCUCGCUACCUGGCAAGCGAUGCUGUGCGGCGGCAUCGCCGGCGCUGUGUCCGCGGUCGCGACGCAGCCCAUCGACACGGUCAAGGCGAACAUGAUGGGCAUUGAUGGCGGACGCUACCGCAGCGCCUUCCACUGCACCGCCGAGCUCGUGCGUGCCGGCGGUCUCCGCGUGCUGAUGAAUGGCGUAGGCCCGCGUGUCUGCCGCGUGUUUAUCGAGGUGGGCCUCCAAUUCUCCUUGUACGAGUACGUCGGCCGUGCGCUUGACCGAGCGUUUGGAAGCAGCUCCAAGACCAACUAA